AUGGAUGAGGUGGCUCUAAGUCCACAAAAGCUGCGGAAGGUGCAGCAAGUCGCCGAGAUCUCGUGUCUCUCAGAGCAGCUGGCCGUGGCGCUGCUCGUCGCCUCCUGCUGGAGUGUACAGCGCGCAGUGUCUCUACACGUGGAGGGGCGUUUGUGGCGCCUCUUUGGACUCCGCCGCUGCCCUUCAGAGCCGCAGACUCUCCCUCCUAGCCUCAUCCUCUCUAUUUGGACUGCCAAAGAUGUCAAGCACAACGGAAGCUACAGAGUUGUCGUUGAAUGUGGCCUUGCGGCACGUAGACUCAGCGCCUGGACAGAAGGCACCAGGGAGCUCGUGCCGCUGCAGUUCACCUGUGGCUUUCCCUGGGUAUCUGCCGGGGAGCAGCUGAAGUUUUCCUUGUGGAGGAAGAGGCUGGUGCAAGACGACAAGUGCGUCGGAGUCGCCUACUUGGCGUGCUCGCUAAUUCCUCAAGAAGUCACCAGUGUAAGCCGCCUCGCUCUUGAACACAAAUCGCGAAAAAGCGGUGUUCUCACCGUUGAAGGCUUUCGCUUCCGACCCAAAAUUCCUCCUGCUGCUAUUGCUGCUGCUGCUGCUGCUACUACUGCUGCUCCAGCAGCAGCAGCAGCAGGAAGAGCUGCUGCUGCUGCUGCUGGAGAGGCCGCCAAGCGGCAGCCCUCGCACAGCCGACUCCAGCAGCUGACUGAAGGCACCUUGAAGACGCAACAAGCACGUGGCGAGCAUGCAGCUGCCGACGCAGCGGCAGCAGCUGCUCCACGAGCUGGCCUUUUACGCGAAGAAGACAUCUCAGCCGCUGCUGCAAGCCUCCAGAAGGCGCAGGUUGGUCUGCCACAACGAAGCAGUCGUAGCAGUCUCUCCCUUGAUUUGCUGGAUCUAUUCGACCCUCCCACAGAGGAGCACCACGAAUUGCAACAGCAGCAACAAACGGAUGAGCAAGGAGUCAUCCAGCAAGGCUUUCCUGCCCAGAAUCGCGUCGAAAAGAAGUCUGUGCAGCAGCAACAGCACCACCCCUCCAUUCAGCAGCCCACGCAGCUGCGUCGCGAGCCACCGCCCAAACCGCAACCGUUGCCACAGCAGGAGGAGGAACGUUCCAAGCAGGGGGAGUCUCUCCUCGAGCUGCAAGAGCCAGAGCAAGAGCCACGUCUAGCGUAUCCUGCCGCCGCUGCGCUGGACGCACUUUUCUAUGCAGAUGUAGCUGCGCACUGUACAGAUCCUGAAGCAGCAGCGGCGCUGCAGCCGCUAUUUCUCGUGGGCAAGACUGCGGAGGCGCCCGCUACUGCCGCUUCUGGCUCACCGACGUCGCACGCAGCUCCUGCAAGCACUGUCAGUCAAGGGGGAGUUCCUCCCCAAGAGGCAGGAGUGGCGGCAGAAGAUCGGCCGCUCUUCUCGUCGCCGCCUCCCGCUGGUGCACCCCCCAACGCUGCUGCAGAGUCUUCUGCAGGCAGCCCAUCGUGCUCGCGUCCAAGCCGACCGCUGCCUGCACUGCAGCACGCGCUCGCGAAUAUCGAGAGCUCAGCGGCUGCGACGCAAUCAGCUCCCCACGCUGCAAGGGGAGCGGAGGGAAGGCUCUCAGCAACGGCAGACGCGCUGCCUGAGCGAGUCUUGGGUACCGCCUUCCUCAGUCCAGCGACUCCCCGCGCAUCUCCUGGUGAUGGUGCGCCUGCGCCGUCGAAGAGAGUGGUGGCACCCGCAGACGACGAAACCUUCAACGGCGCAGGCGAGCUUCCCCACGAAGACGGUGCUGGCGAAGUGCCUCGUGGCGAAAAGCUGCAACCAAGGCACCCAAGCGAGGGAGAAAAGCAGCACCUGACGGCUCCCUUCUGGCCUGCUGCUUCCGAGGCAAGCAGUCAGGCACCACGCGCUGCAGCAGCAGCUGCCUCGUCAGCCGAUGCCUCCUCACCCUCAGCAGCAGCUGUCUCACGAAGCUGGACCCCUUCACGUGCUCGUAGUCUUGCCCCUGCAUGGCCUCCUACAGCCUCCCCUGCCGGGAGUUUUCCAAGCUCAGCAACAGCAGCCACUGCCGCUGCUGCAGGGGGGGGGAGAAACGCCGCCUGCUCUGCUGGCGCCUGCGCAGCCACAGGUGCUCCAGCAAGCCAAUGUACACUUGCAGGGGCAGGGGACGCCGCCGCAGCUGCAGCAGCAGCAGCAGCAGCAGCAGCAGCAGCAGCCAUUCUCGCAGCAACAGCAGCACCAAGCGCAGCAACAGCAGCACCAAGCGCAGCAGCAGCAGCACCAAGCGCAGCAGCAGCAGCACCAAGAACAGCACCCAAACCCUCUUUUGCGGCAGCUCAGGAAGGGUCCCCUCAGCCGUUAUUGCCACAGCAGCAGCAGCAGCCACAGCAGCAAGCUCAGCAGCAGCAGCUGUCAGUGCCACCACAACAGCAGCAGCCACAGCAGCAAGCUCAGCAACUGCUUCUUCCUGCCGUUCCGACUGCGGCGCAAUACGAGCAGCAGCAGCAGCAGCAGCAGCAGCAGCAGCAGCAGAUGCAGCAGCAGAGGCAGGAGCAGAAUCUUCACCCGAUUCAUCACCAACAAGCUUCGACCACUCGUGUCACUCACUUUCCUUGCACUCUUGCCACGGCUCCUCAGUUUCCCACCGCAGCUGACAGCAGCCCCUUUGAGUCCAACUUCCGUUCCCCCGUGGCCACUUCGCGUGUCGCUACACCACAGCAUGUCUCGUGGGCAGCUCCCCUGCGCCUACCUGACGAGCAGGUCGAUGAUGAAUCCGAGCAGAGCCAACGGAGUGCGCGCGAGGAAGAGACUUCUUCGUGCAAGCUGUCUCACCGGGACCAUACUUCGCGUGAGCAGAAACACAAGCGCGAUAGGCACCAACGCCAGAAGCAAAAUAGGGGGUCUAAGAUCUUCAAAGACGCGCAAAAUGAGCAGCAGCAGCGCCUGCUGCUGCUGCAGGAUGGUGCGACGCAACUGGAGGAGAACGAGCGACGCCUGCGAGAGCAAGGGCAGUGGGAAGGAGGUGAUGACAGUCCAGUUCGCAGCUCGUGGGAAAAGCGUGUCGGUCCUAGGCCUAACGACCCUUUAGACGCGGCAGACACCCCUCGAGAACAUGAAGCCUCAGCAGACUUUGGAGAGCAAGCAGCAGCAACAACUGGACAAGUCGCUGCGGAGCAGCAGGCAGCGCUCAUGAAAAAGGAGCGCGAGCACCACCGUUCCCACAGAAAAUCAAAGGAGCGCAAGAAGGCUGCUGCGAAGAAGGAGACUCGCCAAGAAGGCACGCCAGAUGAGUGGGGCGAAUGUGGCUGGGAAGGCACUACAGCCGAAUCCUCUCGAGCUGGCAUGCGAGUGUCUGCGUGGCCUUUGUAUCCCCAUUCAAGCGAGAGUGGCAGCACAGCAGCAGCAGAUGCUCCGGCAGCAGCAGCUUAUGCAGCAGCAACACCAGAUGCAGCAGCAUCUGCGCAUGCAACCGCAGAUUUCGAUUGGCUUGCCGGCUGGGAUGCAUCAGCAAUCCCAGGGGGUGCAGCAGCUGCAAGGCGUGCUGCCUGCUAUGGCAGGGCAGCCGUUGCAGCAGCAGCAGCAGCAACCACCCUAUUAUCAGCUCGGCUUGCACUUGCACCAAGGGCAGCAGGAGCAGUUUUCUCCUAUUCAGCAACAGCAGUCACCGGGAAAGCAGCAUUGGAGCGGCCCUCCAGGGCAUAA